UUGUCAUGGACCAAUCCACGCAGGUGAACUUUUCAACAGCGGCCAAGAAUCAACACAGGAAAAUGAAGCGACAUCACACGUCAGCUGAUCUAUUCUACACACAGCAAUCGAGGCAACUCAGCAGUUCCUGGGGCCAGUUGCGAUCCACGAACACGCGCCCAACGUCUUUGAACAUCGUAGAAGCAUUCAACAGGCCCAAGAUUCUCGCAGUUGAAAGUCCGCUCUCUUUGCUGAUGACUCCAGGUUUGGACAACUCCAUUGGCUCGAUUUCACGCGAAAGAACUCCGCCGUUCUCCUGCAAUUCCAGCACCAUAUCCAUAGGGGGUAUCAGACCUCCACCUGUUUACAUUCCACCCCCACCGCCUUCCAGGCUUCAAGGCGCUCAUGAUGAGGAAAGCUCGGGAACGAUUAGUUCCAAGUGUUACUGCCGAUGUUACGACAUAGACACCAAUAAGAACGGCAUCAAGUCUCUGUCCAAUACGCCCGAGGGUCUGUCUUGGAGGCGGCUGCAUAAGUCCAGAGCCAAGCUGAAGGCCACAGCUACCACUUCAGAGCUACUCUCUGGAUUUGCUAUGAUAGCGAUGGUGGAGUUGCAGAUCAACACGCCAACGAACGUUCCCGAAUGGCUGUUCGUCAUGUUUGCGGUCUGUACUACAGUGCUGGUUGCGGUGCAUAUUUUCGCUCUGAUGAUUUCCACGUACAUCUUGCCGAACAUCGAGUCGAUCGCCAAGCUGGAAAUCUGCGAACUGAUAACCGAAAGCCCUCACGAGCGAAUGCGGGGCUUUAUCGAGCUCGCCUGGGCGUUUUCCACCAUUCUAGGCCUGUUUUUGUUCAUGCUGGAGGUCGCUAUUCUGUGCUGGGUGAAGUUCUGGGACUACAGCUUUACGGCCGCAGUGGCUGCUACCAUAAUCGUCGUCCCAGUUCUGAUCACGUUUGUGUUGUUUGCUGCUCACUUCUACCACAGCUUGGUGGUGGAUAAGUGCAACUCCUCCAUUAGUGACAUGCGAAAGCUCGAGGAGAUGAAGACCAAUUUGGAUCACAUCACCAAAAGUGGCCAGACUCAUGUGUGACAUUAUUCCGUAUCCUGCAAGACACUGGAUGUUUCUAAGUCCAAUAUUCUCAUAAUGUACUUUGUUAAAUCGCCAGUUAGUUUAAUUUUAUCUCUAUGAUUGUUAAAGUAUUCAAUUUCAAGUUGUGAUACCAAGCAGUAUUAUCUGCGAUGGAGGCCUAUAAAUGUAUAUUCCCGUCCCAAUGACUAAUAAACACUUGUUCCUGUUGG